AUGAGCACUGCUAGUUAUUUGUUGUCUCAAGCGAAAUAUGCCUCUAAUCUAUUGGCCUUAGGCAUCAUUGACUCCUUCACAACACCAACACCACUGGAUCCCAAUGUUCAUCUGACUUCAUUUGAUGGAGUUCCGCUUGAAGAUGUCAGUCUCUAUCGUCAAUUGGUUGACAACCUUAUUUAUCUAACAGUAACUCAUCCAAACAUUGCAUAUGCCAUUCAUAUUAUUAGCCAGUUCAUGGUUGCUCCACAAACCAUUCAUUUUACUGUUGUUCUCUGUAUUCUUCGCUAUGCCAAGGGUACUACGGGGCAUGAAAUUUAG